GGCGGCUCGGUGACAUAAGGCUGUGAGUAGAAACAUGGCGGCAGCAGGACCUUUAUCCAGAGUGUUCAGACUGAGCUCCAUCAUCUGCAGGAGGAACCAGAGGUUGUUUCCCGGCAGGAGCUCACUCAGACGGGGGAUCGCUUCAUGCGUUGACCCUGCUCACGGACUCUCCGAUGAACAGAGGGAGUUCCAGAAAGUGGCCUUUGACUUUGCAGCCAAUGAGAUGGCUCCGCACAUGGCAGAGUGGGACCAGAAGGAAAUCUUCCCGGUGGAGACGAUGAGGAAAGCAGCACAGCUCGGGUUUGGAGGGAUCUACGUUCAGCCAGAAGUUGGAGGAUCGGGUCUCUCUCGCCUGGACACGUCGGUGAUCUUCGAGGCUCUGUCCACGGGAUGUGUCAGCACCACGGCGUACAUCAGUAUCCACAACAUGUGCGCCUGGAUGAUCGACACGUUCGGCAACAACGAGCAGAGGGAGAGGUUCUGUCCUGAUCUCUGCUCCAUGGAAAAGUUGGCUUCUUAUUGUCUCACUGAACCAGGCAGCGGCAGUGAUGCUGCAUCAAUUUCGACCUCUGCUCAGCGGCAAGGUGACCACUACAUCCUGAACGGUACCAAGGCCUUCAUCAGUGGAGGAGGAGACACGGACGUUUACGUUGUGAUGUGCAGAACCGGAGUCAAAGGACCCAAAGGCAUCUCGUGUGUGGUGGUGGAGAAGGGAACGCCAGGCCUCAGUUUUGGCAAAAAAGAAAAAAAGGUGGGUUGGAACUCUCAGCCAACCAGAGCGGUGAUAUUUGAAGACUGUGCUGUUCCAGUGAGCAACCGGCUGGGGGAGGAAGGUCAAGGCUUCAGCAUCGCCAUGAAGGGACUGAACGGAGGCAGGAUUAAUAUCGCUUCCUGUUCUCUGGGGGCGGCUCAUGCGUGUGUGCAGCUCGCCAGGGAUCACCUGUUGGUGCGCAAACAGUUCGGAGAGACACUUUCCAACAACCAGUUUCUUCAGUUCAAACUGGCAGAGAUGGCGACCAAGCUGGUUGCCUCUCGCCUCCUGGUGCGCGAAGCUGCCACGGCGCUGCAGGAGGGCCGAUCCGACGCCGUCUAUCUCUGCUCCAUGGCCAAGCUCUUCGCGACAGACGAGUGCUUUGAUAUCUGCAACCAGGCGCUUCAGAUGCACGGCGGGUACGGUUACCUCAAAGACUACGCGGUGCAGCAGUUUGUGCGUGACAUCAGGGUGCAUCAGAUCCUGGAGGGAACAAACGAGGUGAUGAGGAUGAUUAUUUCCCGAAACCUUCUGACCGAGUCGUGAUGAAUCUCCCUCCCUGGAUCUGGAAGUGACUUCACUAGUGACCAUAUUGUUCUGGUCUCCAUCGCUGGUUUGUUACUGUGUGACUUGUUUCUUGAAUUGCCUCCAGCAUCAUAGUUUUUUAAGUGAGAAAUGUA